AUGGAGGAAGAAGGAGAACUAAACAAAGAACCAUUAGACAACUCUUUGGCGUCAUCCUGUCAAAAUGAUAUUACAGAAUCCCUUAUGACUCAGCCGAUUCCUAUCAACAUUCGGAUUGCUCAAGAUAUACAGGAGUUUUUAUGCAAAGGUUCUAAAUCUUUUAAGUGUUCUCUGUGUACUCGAACAUUCAGGCGUCGUGAUAAAAUCAAAAGACAUUUGAUUGAAUGUCAUUACGGGAUAAAAGACUAUGAAUGUUCGUUGUGUUUUAAAAAAUUUGCUCGUAAUGAACAUUACAACCGACAUAUGAAUGAUGUUCAUACUCUCACCAAAGGUUAUCACUGCCGUUUGUGUAAUCGAAGAUUUAAACGAAAUUCAGAGUUUUGUCAUCAUUUAAAAACUGCUCAUCAUGAACAAUCUGGAUUGUUUGCAUCCGGUUCAGUUUUAUUAUUUAAUCAAUCCGAAGAUACAAUGAAUAACAAUAAUGAUCAUUCAACUAGUAAUCAUCUUCCAAAUAAUUAUGAACAGCAACAGUCAUUACAAAUUGAUCAAGUGGACUCUAACUCAAUCGAUGUUGCUGGACCAGGUUUAUAUGUUGAAGUAGAGUUUAACGCGGGUAAAAACGAAGACGGAGAAAAUCCUAAACCUUUUGAAUGCACAUUGUGCGGGAAAUCAUUUAACCGACAGGAUAAGUUAAGACGACAUUAUCAGGAAGCUCAUGAUGGUGUUAGAGAAGAGCAUCAAUGUCCCUCAUGUGAAAAAAGAUUUCAUCGCAAAUAUCAUUUAAAUCGCCAUAUUGCUGAGGUUCAUCGAGCUGGGAAGCCAUUUUUAUGUCCAUACUGUCGUCGUGAAUUCGCAAGGGAAUGGUCUUAUCACCAACAUCUACAAAAAUAUCAUGAUGAUUGUGUGAAUUCUGCACCAGUAACGUAUAUAGAAAAUCUCGAGGGAUAA